AUGGAGCGUAUCCGCAACGCCCUCAAGCAGCGGCGUUCGCCCGCCUACGAGCCUCUCGACGAUGAUUCCGAUAGCAACGAGCCCCGAAGAGCGCGUAAGCCACGCUUCUCGUGGCUUGAAUACGGCAUCUUCCUCCUGCUCGGAGUCUCUAUGCUAUGGGCAUGGAACAUGUUCCUCGCCGCCUCCCCCUACUUCCAGCAUCGCUUCCGCUCCUCCCACGCCCUCCUCUCCACCUUCUCUCCCGCCCUGAUCUCCGUCUCUACGGUCACGAACCUCGUCUCCAUGCUCCUCCUGACCAAGCUACAAAAAGGCGCCAACUACCCGAACCGUAUCAUCCUUUCCCUCGUCCUCAACAUCGUCAGCUUCACGCUCCUCGCUCUUUCAACCGUCCUGUUCAGAGGUGUGUCACCGGGCGCAUACUUCGGCUUCCUCAUGGCCAUCGUCUUCACAGCCAGCUUAGCCACCGGGUUCUGCCAAAACGGCGUCUUCGCUUACGUCGCCGGGUUCGGCAUGGCGGAAUACACGCAGGCCAUCAUGACCGGGCAAGCGGUCGCGGGCGUGCUGCCUUGUAUAGCGCAGAUAGUCUCCGUGCUAUCGGUCUCCGCGCCCACGUACGACGACGGACGGGACGGCGCGACGGUACCUCAGGAGAGCGGCAAAUCAGCCUUCGCGUACUUCCUCACGGCCACCGCCGUCUCGGUAGCUGCGCUCCUCGCAUUCAUGCUGCUGUUGCGGAGGCACCCCGAUGACGCCAUGGACGCCAGCACGCCCGAUCGAGGCGCCGAGGCGCCGGAGCACGCCUCCCGCAAAGUCGUGGGCCUGUGGACCCUCUUCAAAAAGCUGCGCUACCUUUCCAGCGCCGUGUUCCUCACGUUCGCCAUCACCAUGUUCUUCCCCGUCUUCACGCAGCAGAUCGUCAGCGUGCGCCCCGCCGACACCGCACCCCGGAUACUCCAACCGGCGUGCUUCAUACCGCUCGCCUUCCUCUUCUGGAACACGGGCGACCUGCUGGGUCGCCUCAUCACGGCCAUCCCGCGCUUAAGCCUCGUGCUCUGGCCGCGAACGCUUUUGUUGAUGAGCGUGGCGAGGUUUGUGUUCAUACCACUGUAUCUGCUCUGCAAUAUCCAGGGCGAGGGUGCGGCUCUAGCGAGUGAUGCGUUUUAUCUAGUCGUUGUGCAGUUUUUGUUUGGGUUAAGUAACGGGUAUCUCGGCUCUACGUGUAUGAUGGGUGCAGGCGAGUGGGUGGACGUGGACGAGAGGGAGGCUGCGGGCGGCUUCAUGGGAUUGAUGCUCGUAGGCGGAUUGACAGUGGGGAGCUUGCUGAGUUUUCUGGUGGCGUGA